GCGGCUGCGCGGGGUGGGGCGGGCUCGUGCGCGGCUGCCGGAGGCUGACCGGCUCCGGGGGAGCGGGCAGGAUGGCCGGCGUCGCCCUGUGUCUGGUCUCUACGCUGGGCGGUUACCUCCUCACCUCGGUGCUGCUGCUCAAGUGCCCGGGACUGCUGCACCGGCCCAAGCGGCAGCGCUUCCGCUGCCGGCACAUCUCCCACCGCGGCGGUGCUGGAGAGAACCUGGAAAACACAAUGACAGCUUUUCGCCAUGCAGUUAAUGUGGGGACAGAUAUGUUGGAGCUAGAUUGCCAUCUGACGAAAGACGAACAAGUAGUGGUAUCACAUGAUGAGAAUCUGAAGAGAGCAACUGGAGUUGACGUCAGUAUAUCUGACCUCAAGUACGUGGAACUCCCACCAUAUCUCUGCAAAUUGGAUGUCACCUUUCAGAAAGAAUGCCACUGUGAGGGUGAAGACAAUCGCAUUCCACUGCUGAAGGAGGUGUUUGAGGCAUUUCCAAAUACUCCGGUCAACAUUGACAUCAAAGUGAACAACAAUGUGCUGAUUAAAAAGGUUUCAGAGUUGGUGAGCCAGUACAAACGAGAACGUUUGACAGUGUGGGGCAAUGUCAAUUAUGAGAUUGUGGAGAAGUGUCAUAAAGAGAAUGCUGAUAUUCCUAUCCUUUUCUGUUUGAAACGUGUCCUGCUUCUUGUUGGCUUGUUUUACACUGGUCUGCUGCCAUUCAUUCCCAUCAGGGAGGAAUUCUUAGAAAUUCCCAUGCCCUCAAUCAUCCUGAAGCUGAAAGAACCAGAGAAGAUGACGAGAAGCCAAAAAUUUGUUAUCUGGCUUGCUGAUGUAUUGUUAAUGAGGAAAGCAUUGUUUGAUCACCUUACUGCUCGAGGCAUUCAGGUGUAUAUUUGGGUACUGAAUGAAGAACAAGAAUAUAAGAGAGCAUUUGAUUUGGGAGCAACUGGAGUGAUGACAGACUAUCCAACAAAGCUUAAGGAGUUUUUACACAAUUAUUCAGCAUAAAGGGGGAAAAAAAAAUCAAGCAAGACCCUACAAAGUGGACAGAGUGAGCCAAGGGUUUCAUUCCUUCAUCAGAAUUUUUUAGCACUACAUGGAUAAAUCACUUGCCCAAUGGUGAAAGAUGUAAUCAGCUGGGUUAUAUUACCUCACUCUUAAAUCAUUACAUGAUGUAGAGAUUGUAUACAGUUUUAUUUAUUUAAAAUUUUAAUACCAUAGUUUACAUUUGUAAAUAGAUUGUUUAGCAAGCGUACACUAUACUGAUGGUGAUGUAUAGAAAGAAGGCUGUGGAUAAGGGUACUUGUAAAUAAUAUGCAGUAUUUUACCUAUUACAAGUUCCCAUACCCAGACAUCAAGAAAUAGCAUUUGGAAACUAUUCCUGUCAAAUGCUGUUGGAUAGAGAUUAAUAACUGGCACUGCGUCAUUGUAUUUACAUCUCAUUGAUUGAACUGGCUGUUGAUUUCCAGGUGAUCUGCAUUGAGGAAAAGAAACGAGCACAUACAAAAAGUAAGAGGUUGGAUCUGUGGAUAUCUGGACAGAUUACCCUGCAAAGUGUAGUCAGUAAAGGUAGUAACUUACAGUAAUGUAUUUUGACUAAAGCUAAAUCCUUAGACCAACAUAGCUUUACUUAAUUGCUUUAUUAAUGAGAAUGUUGGGGUUAGUCUACAGCUAUAAUUUGGACCCCUUUUUGGUGUAAUAAUAUCCAGUUUAGUCAAUAAAUCAUAGUACAGUAUUUUUAGAAUCUAGCCCUGCCUUCUGGAAUUAUCAUAUUGUUAUGUUACUCUUUUUUUUUAAUUAUUAUUGACAAGGGAUGACAUUUUUUUGCCUAAAUCUGAAUUUAUAAACCAAUUUUACUGCUAUAAUAUUGAAAAAGGUAGUUGUUUCCAGACUUGUAGUAUAAAUUGCAUAUAUUUAUAUAUCUUCAUUAAUUAGUUUAGGUUAAACUUGAAAGGCGCUAAAGAUGAAAAAUCUACAAAAGGAUUCAUUUCUCAGUUUUCUUUCAGAUAUUUUUUUAAUAAUCUUUACCACAAUCAGACCCCGGUAGUUCUGGCUUGAGGUUUAGUAGGGCUAAUCUGGAAUGAGUAACAGAGCAAGUGUAGCUCACUUGGUAGAUAAUGCCCACAAUGCUACCUGGGCAAUUCAUUAGCCAAUUUUCCAGAAAAGGAGGGUUGCACUUACCAUUGACUGAGGAAAACAGAAUUCAGUACUGUGUUUAAAAUCUUUACAAAAGGAAAAUAAAUGUUUUUUAGAUCCCCCCCUCCCCCGGUAGUUCCGAAAGGAUUUGGAGAUAUUUUUAAAACUGAAUUCUGGCAUUCUGUGGAUGCCUAAUUUGAGGGCCUCUUGGGGAGUAAUAUUGAUAGCAGAGGAAUUCUGAGAUACGUUAAUCUCACUCUCUGCACCAAUUUUGUUGAAUAUAUCUGCAUAAAGGUUUAGCACAGGAAUUAAUUGCUUGACUGAGAUGUUAACACACAAUCUCUAUUGGGUUGAUGGAUUGGAAAUCAUAUUUAAUGUGAGGAACCAAAGAUGAGACCUGUGGGAACAAUGAAGAAAACUGCCAUUAAAAUAAUUCACUAAGACAAAUAUACGUUUAAUGUGUAUUAUGAACCACUGGGUCGGUACUUGUUGUGUAAAAGUACCUUAAACAGAUUUUCUUAAUUAUCCUGCCUCUUCAAAAACAAAACAACCCUCCACUGCCACCACUUUGCAAUACAUAUCUUGACAAUCAGAGUGGCAGUAGUUUGUAUUAGCUCUGUCUCAUCUUUAAGGGAAUUUUUUUUUCCUAACCAAAAAUAAUAAAUUCAAUAUGCAUGAAAUUUAGACAUGCACACCGAUGAAGUAAUGUUACUAAGAAAAGCCAGGAAAUCCAGAAUAUCAAGGGAAGAAGGUUGCCCUAGAAAUGCACACUCUCUGUUCCCAUUAUCACCAGCAGGAGUUGCAUGUGCAUGUCAAAUAAAGAAUGGAGCUGGUGAUUUC